UCUCCCUUUAAAGAACCAAUGAAAAGUCAUAAUGGCAGCUUCCGGUAGCAAUAAAUCGGACUUUGGACUUCCCGAUUUAGCCUCCCUCUCUGAAUCAGAAAGGAUUCAGGUUUUGGCAGUCAUGCAGAAAGCGAAAGAAUUUGAUAUGAAGGAAGAUGCUAAAAGUAAAACAUGGCGUCCGUUAGAAGGACAGCUGACAAAGUUUACCAAUGUUAUGAAGGGAUGGUUACCCCGCUGGUUUAUACUUGAUCCUGAAUCAGGCCUGCUUGAAUAUUUUGAGAAAGAGGAACAUAAGAAACACAGGGCAAGAGGCUCCAUCUACCUGGCUGCAGCAGUUAUAGCACCUUCGGAAGAGGAUUCUCAAACUUUUGUUGUUAGCGCAACGAAUGGGGAAGUCUACAAACUUAGAGCAAGUGAUGCUAAAGAAAGACAACAGUGGGUGGAUAGAUUGAGAGCUACUUCUGAACACCAUGCAUCCUAUAUGGCACAGAGCAUUGACUUAGAAAGUAUGAAGAAAAGGAAGCAGAAGCCUGAAAGGCAUAAAUGGAACAUGCCUCCUGGGCAUCGUGAGGUUAGGUCCGCAUCAACUACCAGCACACAGAGUCCUAGUGGGGCCUCAGCCGCAUCUCAUUCACAGAGGACAAAGAAAGUCAGCCACGGUUCAAAUGAAAAUAUUCCUCAAACAAAUGCAAGGUCAAUGUCGGUAACAAAGGCUCCUAUGGCACACCCACACACCAUAGAUCCAUUCAAGGAAGUAAAAGAAUACAUGAUGGAGGCUGAGGACUACUCAACUGGUCUUACGGAAAAAAUCAGUGCAUUACCUCAGUCAGGACAAGCAAUAAACAGUUUAGACACUGAUAUGUUGUUGAUAAAAGCCACAACCUCUGCCACCCUCCAGUGUCUCGGUCAAUGUCUUACCAUGUUACAGCAGAGACAGAAAUUUAUGAAGAAAAAGGAGGCUUACGGUGUAUUACCAUCUGUCCCUUCAAUUGCUAGUGCCUCUGUAGACAUGAGUCCUCGACUUGACAUUAGGACGAGCAGCAUCGCUGAUUCCAUUCCUUCACCUGUAGGUAGUUUCACCUCGGCAGCGGACCUUCCAUUUAUACUCCCAGAAAGUAUACCAGAGGGUCCAAUAAAUCAUUAUGAGGAAACUUGAGGAUGAGGAGAAUAUAAAGACAAGGACCUCGAGGGAAUGGAGGAACAUAAAUCAAUCAUAUUACAUCUAUUAUCUCAGCUCAAGUUAGGCAUGGACCUUACAAAGGUUGUGCUACCAACAUUUAUAUUAGAGAGACGGUCACUAUUAGAGCUGUUUGCAGACUGUAUGGCCCAUCCUGAUGUCUUCUUAAAAAUAACUAGUUUACCAGACCCUGAAGACCGUAUGAUGGGAGUGUUAGAAUGGUACUUAACAUCUUUUCAUGCUGGAAGACAGGGAUCAAUAGCCAAGAAACCAUACAAUCCUAUCAUAGGGGAGACAUUUCAUUGUUCGUGGAAAAUCCCGCCAAAAUCUGACCGAGCAGACGGAGACCAGGGAGAACCGGGUCUGCUUACAUACACUGCGGAACAAGUCUCACACCACCCACCUGUAUCUGCAUUUUACUUUGAGUGUCCGAAACAUAACGUGUGUGUAAACAAAAGAGAAUAUGUGUUCAGUUUACCCAGUGCUUAUGCUAGAUCUAUACUGACCACACCCUGGGUGGAGCUAGGAGAUAAAAUACAGAUGACAUGUCAAAAAACUAAUAUGAAUGCUUCAGUUGUCUUUCAUACAAAGCCGUUCUAUGGUGGUAAACUACACAGGGUUACGGCGGAGGUGAAGAACGGGAACACAGGCAGUAUAUGCUGUAAAGUGCAGGGAGAAUGGAACUCCAGUUUUGAAUUUACCUAUGCAAAUGGAGAGACUAAAGUGAUAAACGUAUUAGAUAAUCCUAUUUGGAGAAAGCGGGUUCGACCUCUGGAAAAACAAGGAGACUUUGAAUCAAGGAAGCUAUGGCAACAUGUGACAAAUGCUCUCAGAGUGGGUGACAUCAACACUGCAACUGAACAUAAAAAAUUUUUGGAGGAACGACAAAGAGAGGGGGAACGGCACAGAAAGGACACAAAUACUCAAUUUCCUACCAAGUAUUUUCAAAAGAUUGGCGAAACUUGGAUGUACAGAGAUAUGCUUCAGAAGAAACAGAAAACAUAGUAGCGAAAUUACAGUGAAAUUAUUGAUAGUACUUGUUUAAUAUUCUUAAUAUACACAUGUACAUAACAUUACAAUCAAGUGCAUUGUGGGAAGUCUUUCUGAAAGUCAUUAAAUGUCAGGAAUUUGGUAACUGUAAACUAUUUCUGUAAGAGUCACAUUUUUUGUUAU